AUGAGCCCGCCGGGCCGGGGCCCCGGAGAGGUGCUGCACCAGCGCGGCCGGCUGCCGUAUGGUCCCGGCACCAUGGCGCUGGUUGGGUUCGGAAUCGUCGGCGUCAUCGGCUACCUCGUGUUGUACGAGAAGGCCAGGCCCGGCACGCCCGCCACCCAAGUGGCCAAGGUCGCCGUCGGCCACGGGGACCCCGCCGCCGGCCGUGACCCAGAGAAGCAUCCUGCUGAGGGCUCGCGUGAAGCGAAGUAG